GCCGCGGCUGGCUACCGCUCUCUGAGCUCAGCACAUCUUCUAGACCCUCAACACUGCUGGCUGCUCGGUCCACGCCCAGAGCUCCUCAGCAUGCGACCGCUACCCGGCGGCGAUGCUCCGCUUUCAAGCAACCCACGAUCGCGAAAAUCGAGCUUCGUCGAUGCCUCGGGCUUAAGCGGCGGCCCGUUGAGCCAUGUACCAACGACCUUCUUUAUGAGGACCGAGGACGACAUGGAGCAGUCCAUGCAAGCUUCGAGGAACACAGCCGCAGUGAAGAGGCAGAAAGAAAGCAACUUUGGAGUACAAAGCCUGGCAGAUACUCUUGAAGCCGCCUUUGGGAGUGAGACCCAGGCCGGAGAUAGCAGAGGCGAUCAUGCACGGGCGCAAGCCACCCAAUGCAAGCGCAACAUAAUGCGAGCUUCACGGGACUCUUCACGGGCAACUGGCACACGAUCCGAAAGUUGCAAGACUUCACCGCCUCGUACGAACAGGAGGGACAGGUCAACCCACUCCCAGUCGAACCCGCUGUCGCCCAUGCCCACUUCAGCGCUACCCAGUACCCCGACCUCCGCCUCACUGCAAUCGGUCAAGCUGUCCGACGAAGAGACAGAGCCAAAUGAGGCCACGAGCGAGGUGGUAGGUUCGGGCCAUGACGCUGAGAACGCCACGACGGUCGACCAGUUCAGCGGCUUUCCCCAGCUGGUUAUGCCGAGCAUACAGAUGCCCUCACGGAGACCAUUCACCACCAAGGGCAAGGCCAUGGGCAAGCUGAAGGUGCUUGUUGCUGGUCAGGCAGGCAUCGGAAAGACAUCGCUUAUACGGUCCAUCGUCCAGCUAUGCGAAGAUAUCGUACACGUCGAUCCACUUUCUCCAUCAAACUCCCUAUCGCAAUCCUCGUCAUCAAAGCCGAAGUCGCGGAAGAGGAAGGCCGAGGGUCCUGGUACACCUCAUAUCACCGAGACUCAUGCCAGCACCAAAUCCUAUCCCCCUUGGUGGACCGAUGUCGAAGAAUCGCGGGUUUUGAGGCGAAGGAAGAGCAGUACAACGGAUGCAGUACUGGAGCGGAAUAUCUGCUUUGUGGACACUCCUGGGUACAGUGGAGAUGCUUCCAGAGCUGAAGAUAUGGGCCGAGUGAUCGACUACGUCGAGGGCCUACUAUACCAGACAACUGCGGUCUCGAGCAUGGAGGACAAUGACCUUUUUGGUGUAAUCAGCGGUAGCGGCGGCAUUGCUGUUGACGUGGUUCUAUAUCUCCUUCCUCCCCGUCCCGACAUCUCCGAAGACAUUGAGUUCAUGCAGCGACUGUCCGGACUCACCAACCUGAUCCCAGUCAUCGCCAAAUGUGACACACUCUCCGCCCACGAGCUCGUCGCUAUCAAAACCUCUAUACUCGCGAGACUACAGACGUCAUCAGUAAAGCCUUUCUUUUUUGGCAACGCAGUCGACGAUGCGUUGCUCGCCGUUCAGGAGCUAUCAUUGGAACAGUCUUCUUCUGCGUCAUCUGACGAUAAGCCAGCAUUAGAACCCAACGAGUUUCCUUUCUCCAUUCCAACCCACCCGUAUGCGGUUUCAUCGACGUUGGGCUCCGAUUCAGAGACCAUGGACGCGUCUCUUCUCAUGUCACCCGACUACGUGCAGCCAUUACUUCCGUCCGAACUCGCCGCCCUCGUAACUCGAGUCUUUGAUCCCGAGUCGAUUACAUGGUUGAGGCAUUCUGCGGCGAAGAAGUUUCUUGCGUGGCGGCGGCGGACCAAAUUGCCGGGCGACUCUUUCAUCAUGCAAAGCCUGCAACAACAGACGCUGCGACGUGGCAGUUCAUCAACCAGUGCCUCUGUCGGGCUCAACAGCGCUGCUAUGAACACCUCCGCAGCAUCUUCUAUAUUCACUCCAGUGUCACCCUCAGGAGUGCUCUUACCUCCAGCAGGCUCACCAUAUUAUGCCUCCAACCUUCAUUCACCUUUCCAGGCAUCGUCUCCUUCACUUGCGCAUACCCUACCCGAAACCCUCGACAACCUACCUGAAUUCUCCCUUACACGAUACCGCACCGCUGCACAAGGCGAACAGCGCCUUGCAGAAGUUCGCCUUGCCAAGUGGGCUACCGAUCUUCAGCGCAGUCUGAGGAACGAGAAGGAUAGAUUCGAGGAACUCCAACGCAACGAACGAGCCAAGUGGCUACUCGAACGUGUGGGCGAGGAAGUGGCAAGCGGAAACAUUGUUGCAACCCCCGGCGGCUCUCCCCGCGCAGACUGGGCUGUUGUUAAACGUGGGGUGACCAAAGAAUCUUUGCCUGGACACGGGAGCCCGAUGUACAGCAGGAGCGGCAGCGUUGAUUCCAGAGAUCCACUAGGCUUGUGCGAUUUCAGCGACGAAGUCAGAAGGCGAGGCUUCGUCCUUGUGAAGGUGCUUGGCGGAGUGAGCGUGCUGGGAGCAGUCAUGGUCACCGUGGUGAGAAUUUGCGGGUGGGAGACAAUGUUGCCUGAGGGUGGAGUAUGGGGCUGGUUUACUAACCACACGGAGUAGGAGUUGGGUGUUCU